AUGGAUCAUGAGGUCCUGGAGCGUAUACUUGAUGGAAGACAAAAUGCGACAAAUCUAUCACUCUCACUUUUGAAGGAUAUCACCGAAAAUUUCUCAGAGGAUCGAGAAAUCGGCCAUGGUGGAUUUGCAACUGUUUAUAAGGGAGUGCUCCCAAAUGGGAACGUUGCGGUAAAGAGGAUAAAGAGCAGUCAUUCAAUCAAGGAGACGUUGUUUUAUCGUGAAGUUGAUAGCCUGUUGAAUAUUGAACACGAAAAUGUUGUACGGUUUCUUGGCUUCUGUGCUAGCACAGAUCAGAUAGCGUUACGAAUUGAAGGAUUAAAAGAGCAUAUUUACGCCGAGGUACGAGAAAGACUACUCUGUUUUGAGUAUAUUAGCAACGGAAGCCUGAGAAAAUAUAUUACCGAUGAAUUACGGGGACUAGAAUGGAACACACGUUAUAAAAUAAUUAUUGGCAUUUGUGAAGGUUUGUAUCAUCUGCACAAGGAAAAGCAAAUAUUUCAUAUGGAUAUGAAACCUGAUAAUAUACUACUUGACAAUGAUAUGGUGCCGAAAAUCACUGAUUUCGGUUUAUCGAGACUUGAUGAAAUGACGCAAACCGUGAGUAAAGACCGUCUUGGAUCACAAGGAUAUUGUGCUCCUGAAUACUGGAGCCAGGGAAAGAUGUCUUUCAAAUCAGACAUGUACGGUUUAGGCGUUAUAAUUAUUGAACUAGUGACUGGACAAAAGGCGCUCCCCAUUAGCAAUAACAAGGUAAGCGCCUACUCGGAGGAUGACGAUAUGCUUGGAAUUGAGCCGCUCGAACUACAUUUUCCUUUUCGGCUUAACAAACAGAUGUCAUGCGCCAUUCAGCUAACCAAUGAGACAGGCUCUUACAUUGCCUUCAACGUCGAACAUAUGAACCCCCUAUCAUACUGUGCACAGCCGCAGAAAGACAUUAUGCCACCACGAUCCAAGUGUAAUGUCAAAAUAACAAGGCAACCGCAGGCCAAGGCACCAAGAGAUUGUACCAGCGAAUUCACUGUUUGGAGCACCAAAGUAAAUGAUUGCCUUUCAGUUGAGGAUAUAACUGCAAACAUGUUCAAUAAUGAGGCGGUCAACAUAGUGGAUGACGUGAAUUUGGAUGUGGUUUUUGACGUCAGUGAGGAAAUCAAUGUGACAAUCCAACCUUUAAUACAGAUUACAGAUGAUGCAGUCGGUGAGAUAUAUUGUAUGGAUGCACAUCAGACAGAGCCAUUGAUUAUAACCGGUUGCGAAUUUGGUGAUGUUCAGAUUUCGAACUAUGACACGCAGAAAGUGGUCUCUUGGGUUAAUGUCUCAGAUGAAACAGUAUGUACUGUUAAAUUUAUUACAAGAAAGCGGUGGCUUGUGGCUGUGUCAUGUGAUUGUUUCGUCCAUGUAUACAAGCAUGAACAGGAACUGGAAAAGGUCACGAGUUUCAAAGCUCACGAUUCUUUUGACAUAGAAAGGUGUUCAUUAGACGUUCAUCCAACCCAGCCGUAUGUGCUAUCAGGAUGUGGUACGCAAAUAAGGCUUUGGGACUGGGACCAGGACUGGAAUUGCAUACAGACAUUUGAAGAACACUCAAGUACUAUUUAUGGACUAAAAUUUAACCUAGAGGAUACGAACAUCUUUGCAAGUGCUUCGUUUGAUCAUACAGUGAAGGUCUGGAGUCUUGAUUCUCCCAAAUCCAAGUAUACUCUCUCUGGGCAUAAGGGUAACGUGUACGGCCUGGAUUUCUUCACGCGUGAUGGUCAGCGGUAUUUGAUUAGUGGCUCUGAGGACAAGACUGCCAAGAUAUGGGAGAUGCAGAAGGAGGAAUGCGUUCAUACACUCGAACAUGACUUUGCAGUCCAUUGCGUCUUUUCCCAUCCCAAUCUUCCAUUUCUAACUGUAGCUACUGCUAAGGGUAAUGUUCACGUGUGGAGCUCCACUGAUUUCAGGCUCAAGAAAAUGUUUGAACUUGGGGUCAGUGACUGGGUUACUGGUUUCGCAUGUUUGAUGGGGUCGGCAAGGGUUGCAGUUGCACACAGAAGCAAAGUGUCGGUGAUAGAAAUUCCUGAUGAAGGAGAAAAAGAUAUUGGUAGCACAGGCAGCAACGUGGUUUCCAUUUUGAAAGCAGAUUAG